AACCGCCAAUAAAACCAAAGAAGAAGAAAACACUUUCAAUCAUGGCUACCGUAGACGUGGAAGAUGAAAGUAUCCUGGCGUCGAUCUUCAGAGACAGCUUUCCAGAAAACUGGAGGGACAAUCCCGACUUCGCGGCGUAUUUGCUGGAGUUGAGCUCGUUCGGUGUGGAGAAAUUGGGCCGCGAGCCGGAGCGUCUGUCGGAGGAGAGGGCUCAGAUCCUCCAGCAGACCCGGGAGUUGGCCUUCAGUAACUACAAAAUCUUCAUCAGGACCGCCGACUGUACACAGCAGAUCUACACAGACUUUAGCAAGGUGGAGAACAGCGUCUCUAAACUACUGCAGAAACUACCGGGCUUUGGAGAAAAAUGCAGAGGUUUCAUUAAAGCCGCUGAGGAGAUCAGCAUUAGCAGACGCAUGAACAGUCUGACGCUGAAUCGACACACUGAGAUCCUGGAGAUCUUGGAAAUCCCUCAGCUGAUGGACACCUGUGUUCGCAAUGGAUAUUAUGAAGAGGCACUGGAGCUGGCAGCUUACGUGAAGCGACUGGAGAAAAAACAUUCAUCGUUGCCUGUUAUACAGGGAAUUGUGCAUGAAGUUCGACUGUCUGCUCAGCUCAUGCUGAACCAACUUCUUCAGCAACUGCGCAGCAAUACGCAGCUCCCCGUGUGCCUGCGUGUGAUCGGCUAUCUGCGCCGGAUGGACGUCUUCACCGAAGCCGAACUGCGUGUCAAGUUCCUCCAAGCCCGCGGGAGCUGGCUGCGAUCCAUCCUCGCCGCGAUCCCAGACGACGACCCUUAUUUCCACAUCACUAAGACCAUCGAAACCUGCCGAGUGCAUUUCUUCGACAUCAUCACCCAGUAUCGUGCCAUCUUCUCCGAUGAGGAUCCGUUGAUGCCACCCGGAGGUCAGAUGCUGAACGAGAGCGCCAUCUUUCACGGUUGGGUCGUGCAACAGGCGGCACAGUUCUUGGAGACUUUAGACCGAGAUCUCCAGCGCGGGGUGGGAAGUCGACUGGACUCUCUUCUCGGCCAGUGUAUGUAUUUCGGCCUUUCCUUCAGUCGGGUCGGGGCGGAUUUCCGCGGCCAGCUCGCUCCGAUAUUUCAGCGGGUUGCCAUGGACACGUUCCGCAAGGCCAUUCAGGAAGCUGUGGAAAAGUUCCAAGAGGAUAUGAACUUGUACAAUCUGAUUUCUUUCAUGUCAACACUUGGAAGCACUAUUCCUGCAGUGGCUCCGAGCACCCAGCCGGGUACGCUUCAACCCCCCAUGGCCCUGCUGGAUUUCCCACCUCUAGCCUGCUUUCUCAACAAUGUCCUCACAGCCUUUAAUGACUUAAGACUGUGCUGCCCUAUUGGACUCGCCCAGGAAGUUAGCAGAUGUGUUGAGGAAGCUCUUAUCAAGGUGACCAAGCUGAUCCUCGUCUUCCACAGAGCCGAGGAAUCGGCCUUUAAUAGCCGUGAGCGGGAGUUAUUUGUACAGUUCUGCAGUACCUUUGCCGAAGACAUGGUGCCUUUCCUGAACCGAUGUUUACAGGUUCUCUUUCCUCCAGCUCAACUCGCUCUCAUACUAGGUGUCCCUCCAACCCAGGUGUCUAAGGAUGGCAGUAUUGGCUGCAUCAAUGUCAGCUUGGUUCUGGAACCACUGGAGUUUGUUCUGCCUAAAAAGGAGCUUGUGACGUCCGUUCUGGAUCUCAGCACUGAACUAAAGAGUCUGAGUACAGCUGAAUCUGAUCCUUUACCUGUUCCGGCUGAAGACAGGCUUACAGAAGAGACCGCCCCUGAACAACAGAAGCCCGCAGAAGAGUCCACAUCAACACAUGAUGAUCUUCUUUCUCAAAACGAGGACAUUUUAGAACAAGCUGUGACUAUAAAUGAGUCUGAAACAACAUCAGACGCUAAGGACUUUACAGAGGAUUUAUCCGCAGACAUAAAUGUUGAAGAAAUGUUGGCUGAAUAAAAAUAUGCAGGUUUUAUAAAACAAAUCUAGACUAUCCCAAGACGAGUUUAGGUGAAGAAUCUUUAUAAGGUGAAGGUAAAAAUUUAAUAUAUGUCAUUAAAUAAAGUCAAUAUUUAAAUUGUGGGGGAAAAAACUAAUUGAAUAAUGAGGUGCAUACAUGUUUUUUGUGGGUGACCGACCCCUUAGCCAAUAAUCUCCUCCUAAGCGUUUAAUUAAUGUAUAAUAAUAAUGAGAAAUAUUGGCAUGUUUUAAAGAUGGCAGUCACUUUCUAAGCAAAACAAGUUUCAAACCACCUCUGCUUUGACAUUAAAGCAUUAAAAACCAACUCGAGACCUGUGGCCAGUUGCAUAAACAUAGCUGUGAAGUUAAGACUUUAAGGGGCGGUUUCCUGGACAGGGUUUAGAUUAACCCAGGACUAGGCCUUAGCUAUAUUAGGACAUUUAAACAAUUCUUACAAACAUACCCUACAAAAAAAAAUACAGGUGUGCAUCCAGAGACAAAACAAUGGCACUGAUAUAUGUUAAAGGUAUUGCGGAGGAUUUUCUAUUUCCGGGUGGAUCAUCAAGACUAUUGGUCCUCCAAGUUGUCAAUCAAGCGUGUUGUGCAAUUGCAUUUUUUAAGAAAGUGGAGAAGGCGGUUCUUUUCUAAAAUUCGAGAAAAUCCUCCGCUAUACCUUUAAGAUAUGUCAGUACAAUGUGUUUUUAAAUUAAGGCAGCUCAAACAUGUAUUUUAGUCUGCGAUUAGAAUAAGCCCCGUCCGAGAAACUGUGCCUUUGAGAAUUUAAAUUGGACUAAUCUACCUUUAAAUGUUACAUAAUUAAAACGGUUAUGAUCAGUCAGAAUAGUCAUAAAAUCGGACACAGAUUGUUAACAGUACAUGCAAAACCAGCAUAAAAAAUAAAAUCAGUUAUCUAACGCAAUGUCAUGUAUACACUUCUGAUUGUGAUGAUUUUCAGAUACUUGGUCUAUUGUACUUAAAUGUGACUCUUGUUUGCAUUGCAAUUUAUGUCUGCAUUUUCUUAUUCCAGUCCUGGCAGGGUGUUUGACAAAAUAAAGGCGUGUUUAAAUUGUA